GCAUGUUGUGGUUAGGGGCGGUACUUUCGACUAUUCAAGGUCAAAUGGUUGGACGGUAGAGAUGAUUUUUCCUGUGAUACAAGCUCCCACUAUCAACUAGGAUAUUUAAAAUCUUGCUAUGAAUAUUAACUCAGCGGUUCGCUACAGUAAGCUGUGUAGUUGUAGAUGGCAAACGAAGGUGGUUUGGUGUCUGCAGUUGCUGUGCUACUGCAUAUCUUAUUUACCCGAAAUGGAUUCUUACUUCUGUAUAAUUGGGGGUUACCUACUCCCACCUCACUUCAGACUGUGGACUUUGCUCACAUUUUCAUUUUACAACUACUCACUUACAUUUCUUAUUCUGGAUAUGUUGACUGUGUAUCUCAUGGACAAGUUGUUGUCCAGUCCGUAUAAUUGGGUUGAGUUACUUAGGUUUAGUGUUUUGGUUAAUCUUUCAUCAGCUAUCUGCGUCACUACGUUUUAUCUAUUAGUCUCUCUUGUUAUUUUCGAUAAGAAUAUUUUGUAUUCAUAUUCCAUCUGUGGCCUCAUUGGACUCUUGGGUGGAGUCACUGUACUUGGCCGUCAAAUGUUAUCUGAUAAGUUAGUUGUCGAUUUCCCUCUUGGUAAGGUACGAUAUAAGCACAUACCUUUUGUGUGCACUUUGUUUUUUGCUGUUUUAUUCGGUACUGGAUUUUGUGGAGGUGUCCCCUUAUCAAUUUUUGUAACUGGAAUCUUUAUUGCUUGGAUGUACUUACGCUUCUUCCAAAGACACAGUAAUGGUUUACAUGGGGAUGUAAACGACAGUUUCACAUUUGCUGGCUUCUUUCCAAACCACCUAGGACCGCCCGUGUCUGUGAUAUCCAGCGCAGUAUUCAACGUCCUAGUUCGAUUUCGUGUGUGUAAACCCCCACCUCCGAAGAAUCUAUCCAUUCCUCCUUCAGUAGUCUCAUUUACAGUGGAUAUACACGACACCACUCAUGCAGCCAGCAGGUAUCUUUCAACUCCAAGUAUUGUAAACACUUGCAGCAGUCAGUCUGUACCAAAAUCUGCUCUUACUCAUUCACCUCCAAGUUUUCCAAGUGAAUAUACACGUUCCAUACCAACUGGUGGUACUCCAUUACCACCUAUCCCACCUCCAAUUUCUGUUUCAAAUGAGGCUUUAUCAUCAUGAUACUGUAUAUCAUUCUCUUGCACAAUCUAAUUGCAUCCUGUGAUAUAUGAACAUUUGCCCUUUUUUAUUUGGCUUUUGUAUCCUUCUUUACUUAUCAUUAAUCCUCUAGUGAACAAAUGAAGAGCACCCUUGUUAUGUGUGUAAUGAAUAUCUGUAUUAGUCUUUUCUGUAUAAUCUCAUCUUUUUAUUCUGCGUGUGAAUUUUCCAUGGCUGUGAAUUCUGCAAUAAAGAAUAAAAAAAUUUACG